AGCGCCGCGCCGCAGCCGUGCCGACGGCGCCGGGGAAGAUGCUGCCGCGGCUGGUCCUGCCCGGCUGACGCCCCGGCCCCGCCGCCGCCGCCGCACCCCCGUCCCCAUUGUCCCCCGGCCGCCUCCGGCUCCAUGAGCGCCUCCUCCUCCCUCCUCCUCUGAGCUUCCCGCCCUCCACCUCAUGGCUGCAUCGGAAGAAGGGACCGGCUGCUUUCUCCCGCGAGGCAGGUCGCAGAGUGACCCCAGCAUCCUCACGGACCCCGGGGAGCACCCAGAUGAGAUGGAGCAGUCCCCUGCAGUGCGUUCUGACUACUUGGUCUCAGGGAUUAGAACUCCACCAGUGAGGAGGAACAGCAAACUGGCAACACUGGGCAGGAUCUUCAAACCGUGGAAGUGGCGGAAAAAGAAAAAUGAGAAGCUAAAGCAGACAUCUGCAGUGCUGGAGAAGAAGAUGACAGCACGGCAAGGGAGGGAUGAACUCAUUAAGAAAGGCCUUCUGGAGAUGAUGGAACAAGAUACUGAGGGCAAAGCCUGCACUGGUGACGAUGGCACGAGGGUGACGCAGAGCGAGGCUCCAGCAGCCGUGUGCCAGGCACUCACCUCAGAGGAGGAGCAGCAGGACACCACAACAGCAGCCACAACGAAUGUGACCUCCUUUGGUGAGGAGCUGCACUUGGAUGAGCUGAAAGAAGAUACAGCCAAGAAACCUUCAGCACCCACGGAAGAACUGGAAGAUGCCAGCCUGCCAGCAUCUGAAGACAGUCCACAAGCCUUACUUGUACCUGAAUCCACAGAUUCCCCCCAGAAGCAGACAGACAGAAACCCAGCACAGCUUCCCAGCCCUCCAUUGCUCCCAGCUCCACCACCUAAGGCAAUCUCCAAAAUCACCAAGAGCAUAACAGGAAGCGAAAUGGACGAUCCAGCCAUGAAAUCUCCUCCUUCCACCAUCCUGAAGAACUAUGUCAUUGUGGGUUCCUCCCAAAUCUCAGGACAAGCUGCCCUUUUCCACCCCUCUGGCCAGAAAAGCUGCGAGCCCCAUGGCAGAGGCCAGGUAACAACGCCCACCGGUUCCCCUCACCUGGCUGCCGUUCAUCUGCCUUUACCUCCCAGCAGAGUCAUUGAAGAACUCCACAGGGCUCUGGCCACCAAACACCGGCAGGACAGCUUCCAUGGAAGAGAAAGCAAAGGCUCUCCAAAAAAAAGGGUGGAUGUCCGUCCCUCGAGAACGUCAAGCAUGGAGCGCAACAAAGAGAGGGAGAACUCGCUGAGUUAUGGCAGUGACUCAGAAAACAAGAGGAACUCAGUUAAAGAGUCAGAUGAGAACAAAGAAAACAUGAUCAUGAACUCAGAGCUCAAGGAAGAGUCUGUUUUUUAUCAGGAUGAGGAAGUUCUGAACGACUCUGUUAUUUCUGGUACUUUGCCAAGAAAAUGCAAGAAAGAACUGCUGGCAGUGAAGCUACGGAACAGACCAAGUAAGCAGGAGCUGGAAGACAGGAAUAUCUUCCCAAGGAGAACAGAUGAGGAAAGACAGGAAAUCCGGCAGCAAAUUGAAAUGAAACUCUCAAAGCGACUCAGCCAAAGACCCGCUGUUGAGGAGCUAGAAAGAAGGAAUAUACUGAAACAACGAAAUGAUCAAACGGAACAGGAGGAGAGGAGGGAAAUCAAGCAGAGACUGACAAGAAAGCUUAACCAGAGACCUACAGUUGAUGAACUGAGAGACAGAAAGAUCCUGAUUCGAUUCAGUGAUUAUGUGGAAGUGGCAAAAGCACAGGACUACGACAGGAGAGCAGACAAACCAUGGACACGACUGUCAGCAGCAGACAAGGCAGCAAUUCGGAAGGAGCUGAAUGAAUACAAAAGCAAUGAAAUGGAGGUUCAUGCAUCGAGCAAACAUUUGACAAGAUUUCACAGGCCAUAGAAAUUUUCUUCUGAGAAGAAUCUGUCUUUACUUUUUGAUAUUGCUGCUGGACACACAUCAGGGAACGCUGACGCCUUUCCCUGAGUUCAGUGCAGGCUCCCUGGACGUUGAUGUGACAGAAGGACUCUGCAGUGAAGCCUCUGCAGCACUUGGGGACAGGACGCCAGCCCCGAGCUCUGGAGGCAGAAGAGUCUGGCCUGUGGAGUGGGACAAGCUGCUGGAAAAGACUGAAUGAAGCUACUUGGGAGAGCCUCCUCCUCUCCUUUCCCACCUGAGUGGAACUGUUUGCAGGCUGCCUUGGAAAAGGAGAUGUUGUGCAUGUACAGGCUUCACCAUUCCAAGGCCUCUGACAUAAAUGGACAUGACACUCUGUCAUCCAGUAUUACGUUGACAAGACAUUUUGAACUUACCACAAUUAGUUUGUAAAACACCUGAGUUCAUGUUCUAAAAACUAAUUUAAUGUAUUAUAAUUUCAUUCUUUUUUAUAUACUGUCUAACAGAAUCACAGCUGCAAGCAUUUUUGAUUCCUGUUACUUUUGUUCUUUAAUUAAAUGACUACUUAUUGCAGGAAAUGAACAUGUUUCCUAAAGCUCUUUUUUUCCCCAGGGAUAAUUGGGAAGAGAUGAUAAUUAUUGUGCACCAAACCAUUUGACUUCUUCAUCAACACAGGGUCUGCAAAAGGAUGAUCUCAACUAAGGUUUUCCAUAAGCUGGUUGUCACUCUGCACCAGCUGAGGCUCUGACCCUCUAAAAAUGACAAUUUGGUUCACUGUUAUUCCAAAUUACUAAAUUGGAACAACCAGAGGCAGAAAUGUAACAAUGUACUUUGAUGUUGAGCAAACAAAUGGUUUUAAUGCUUUCUUGACAGUAAGAAGAAAAAAGUUACUAAAUGCUAAUAACAAGGCAAAUGGAACUGGUUGAGAAAAAUGUAAAGCCAGGCAUUUUAAUAAUGCCUGACAUGGAGAAGCACCUGAGGAGUUACUCAAUGCUACUAAAAAAAAAAAAACUUGUGAGAAAAAUAACACAUUGAUAGCUGGGAAUCACAUGUGAUGAGACAAAAAAGGGUGAAUCCACUCACCAGACAAACAUUUCUCUGCAAGACUCUGAAGUGCUGCCAUUCCAGGCAGUCAUGCAAUGUUAAAAACUUGAAAAAGGCAUUCUUGGUCCUGUAGCUUCAUUGAGAUGAUCUCCAUGAAGUGUGAAAAUAAUAAAAUGCAGUUUGUCAAA